CUGUUUUGCUGCAUCAAAUCGAUCCUAUCCUCAAGAUUCACCACACGAAGCCUACCUAAGUACCCACAACAACUACCUUGCAAAGCCCCAAUGUUCGGCCCAUGACCUGGGACAAGAUGGUGGCGGCGUAUGCACAGAACUACACCAAUGAAAGGAUCAGAGACUGCGAGCUGCUGUAUUCGAAUGGGCAUUAUGCCGAGACAUUGCAUGGAGCAGCGUUGCUUCUUCUCCAAAUUCCCGCCGGCAACUUCCCCAACUGUAGCUCCGGUUUUAGCUGGAGAAUUCUGCCUACUGGACUCCAACUGCAGCCUCACCUCUCAGCCAAAAGGCAUGUUAUUGCCCUCAAUGAGAAGCUGAGUUCGAGCUUGAUGGCAGCAGCAGAGCAUCCCAGCUCGGCAACAGCACAACAACCCAGCUCAGCAGCAAAGCUCAAAAUAAUGCUCCAGCUCGGCAGAAGCUCGGCAGUUCAGCUUGGCAGCAGUAGAGCAACCCAGCUCGGCAGCAGUAGAGCAGUCCAGCUCGGUAGCAGCAAAGCGGGCAAGCACAGCAGCAACAAAGCAGUUCAGCUCGGCAACGUGCACCUACGUCACUCGGCUCGCGCGCAACCCCGCCCCGUUAUGUUAUGGAAGAAUUGAACUUAUUGCUGGGCUGGUUAUUCAGAGCCAGCAAUGAAUUGGCUGCCGGAUUUCGUCCCGCAACUAGAAGAAGAUCGCUUCGGGGGUCACUGUGGCGUGGCUGAAUGUAGAGCAGUCCGCCCCUACAGCCUUUGAUCAGUAGAUUAUUUAGAACUUCGGAAGAUGGUCAAGGUAGCUUGCUUCCAAGCCACUGCACUAGAUGCGCAUGUAG